ACUAUAUUGCUCAAAUUUGGACUUGUGAUCGUAUACUGAUAGAAAAUGUUAUUCAUUUGGCAAAUUUUCUGAUUUAUGGUUCACUUGUUUCAUUUGUUUCAUGAAACAACCAUGAAACACAUAAGCAUUUUCUUUUUCACCGCAAGUUUUCUUUCAGUCACUGGAAAAAGUGCAAAUCUGGUGGAUAAAACACAAAACGAAGAGCCUCUGCAGUAUGAGCCCACGCCUGAUCUAACCGCUCUAGUUAACCAAGUGCACGUUGAGCUACGCCAAGCCCAACUGGAGUAUGGCACAAAACAAGUGACGGACACCACAAACAUGGUCAUGGUAAGCUACAGCUGGAACGAAAAAAAACCUGCCAGACACAUUUACGCUGCACUGAAAGCCAGCGGAAUAAAUGCCUGGAUUGACUAUUACAACAUGACUGAUGCGAAUAACCUGCCCCAAGCGAUGGGCGAAACAGUCGAAGAUUCGUCUGUAAUUGUGGUUUGUUUUUCACAAGCUUACCAAAAUAGCCAGAAUUGCCGACAGGAAGCUCUCUACUCGCUUCAAAUGAAGAAAAAACAAGUAUUCGCUAAGGUACAAGAAGAUUUCGCUCCCUCAGGCUGGCUGGGGUUUGUUCUAGCAGGACGCCAGUACUACAACUUCUAUAACGAAUCUGUGUUCGAGUCUAACUUCGAGAAACUGCUCGGAAAUGUGGAAGAGGGACUGAACGGCUCAGAUGGUAAACUCGGUCAUGGUCUGACGAUGGUUUUUGUCAGUAUUGCGUUCAAAGUUUUCUUCUGAAGUAAUAUUUAGUAAUCUAUCAUCGUGUCAUAAAUUAUUAUCUGGUUUAUUAUAAUGAGGUUAAUCAUGUUAAAGA